AUGACACGAAUGAAGGAACAGUUCUGGACCACAGCUUCAAAAGAAGAGGAGAAUAGCAUCAUUUCUGAAGAGUUUGAAAAUCAAUUUUUAGACUCAAAGAUGGGGAACAAGAGUCCUGAGUGGAAAAAUCAAACAAAUCCAAUUUCCCUGGACCUGGGACAGAGACAAUAUAUCAGGAGGAAGCUGGUUCAUGACUUCUGCCACAUCAAUGGCACCCUGAGUUCCCUUGAAAAGAACAGAACAUUUUACGAUAUUCCUAAGCAUGAACUGGAAAACUUAAUUGUGGAUGACCGCCACGGAAUUAUCUACUGUUAUGUUCCAAAAGUUGGAUGCACACAGUGGAAACGUGUCAUGAUUGUGCUGAGUGAGACCCUGAAGGUAAAUGGGGUUCCCUACAAAAAUCCUUUGGAUAUUUCAUAUGAUGACACCCACGUCAGAACAAACCUUGUUUUCCUCAACAGAUUUUCAAAGCAAGUGAUGAAAGAAAAGCUUGAGAAGUACAAAAAGUUCAUUUUUGUCCGACAUCCAUAUGUUAGACUCAUCUCUGCGUACAGGGACAAGUUUGUUAAGGAAAACCAGGAAUUCUACACGAGGUAUGGUGUUCACAUGUUGAGGAAAUAUGGCAAUAACUCCAGCCCCCCUGCUAAAGUAAAGGUCGCCCAUGCUGCUGGUAUUCUUCCAUCUUUCUCAAACUUCAUCCAGUAUGUAACAGAUCCUGAAACUUUGAAGCAUGGACUUUUUGAUGAACACUGGAGACAGAUGUAUCACCUGUGUCACCCUUGUCAAAUAAACUAUGAUUUUAUCGGAAAGAUGGAGACUAUGGAGGAAGAUGCUGCAUUUUUGCUUCAUAUCCUACAUGUAGAUAAUAUUGUGAAGUUGCCACCGGGUUACACCAACAGAACAGCAGAAUCCUGGGUGAGAGAGUGGUAUGCAAACAUUCCUGAUGAGUGGAAGAGAAAGCUGUACAAAAUCUAUGAAAGUGACUUCAAACUGUUUGGAUACUCCGAUCUCGGGCAUUAG